AUGGGGAACCUGAUCUGGCACCAGUAUGCGCACUACGUUGCGAUCACUUCGAGUGUCUACGCCGUUUGGUCGGCUUACUGGGGCCUGUUCUACCGCAAGUUCUUCUGGGACUUUGUUGCAGGCACGCUGCGUGACCCUGGAGGAUACCAACCGGCACCUUCUGCCCUUCCUUUUGUGGCUGUCAUUGUCAAGCUUCCGGUCGUUCAGAUCCUCGCUAUGAUCGUUGGUAUCUUCGGAAUACUGUUGGAGUAUCCCUUGCCGCUGUUCAAAUCGAGCCCGCUGGGUCGCAAUCUUGUCGUCCGAGUCGUUGUGCUCCUGGUACAGACAUUCUUCUGUAUCCUCUACUAUCAGGGUGUCAAUGCAGCACUGUACGGCUUUAUCGCGGCCAUGUGCUACGUCCGUGCUAUCAUGCUUGGUGAAACGAUGGAGGAGGCGAAAUCCAAUAGAGGAAAAGGCGGACGGGCCUGA